GUGUAGCCAGAGGGAGCGAGCCAUGUGCUGAAGGAGGGAGAGGGCGCGCGAGAGAAAACCACCGUGACUCAAAAAAAAGGAAAAAAAAAAUAAUGUCGGCUUCACCGGGCUGUUCACCACACACUGAGGAGAGUGAAGAGCGACACUGGGCAUGAAGCAGGAUAAUCUUUCUCUCCGAAGCAACCACAAACAACGCAGGUAGAAAUCGCAGUGCAACUUUGCCUUAUAUGCUGGGUCCCUGUGAAUGCGCUACAUGCUUCGGCAGCGGAACGGCGAAACCACAAGAAGGACGAGAAGAGAACGUAAUCAAGAAAGCAAGUUAUUUUGCCAACUUUGUCUUAAAUGGAAAUUAAAGUGCAUACGGAAAAUGACUUUAGUUUCAAUGUCGGCUUGUGAGCGACUGAAAAGGAAAAUUGGACAUUUCGCGUGCACCUAGAUCUUCAUGGAUUGGUAUGCAAUUGCAGGAUCGUGUCAUUUUAAGUGUCGUUCGAAGGAGCGGGGGCUACGUAUGCUUGACUAUAUUAUAGGCUAUUGGCAAUUAGAAAUUAAGUGAACGUCAAAGACCUGUAAACGUUGAGUUGAAUGGACAGAAUUUUCUUGCAAAUAUUUGCAAUAGAGGACUGUAAUUAACUACGAUUAGGCUACUACCAUGCUGAAAGAAACAGUGCAGACUGGAUAGAAUUGACUGAUUUACGCCAAGGAAAGUUUUCAAAAGUAGCCUAUGCUGGAGAGGAAUGGAUAUAAAGGACAAACGCCAGUUUCUUUGGUUUCACCGAGUACUCAACUUGAUUUGAUGAAUGUCUUAUUCUGAGGGUAUAGAAUAUACCUCAUUUGUCAAUCACAUCAACUGAAGAAAAUGGAUUGUAAUAGUUAUAGGAAAAGUUUACCGUUCAUGAGUAGCAGAGCAAGCUGAGCACACAGCAGGCGCAAACAUCGAAUUAGUAAUGAAACGUUAAUGGAUGAUAAUUAAGUUGAACUCACUGCUCCAUCUGAUUAGACUUUUUCAUGUUCUCACAAAUGGGAAUGUACAGUCUGAAAUCACGUUGUGUAUUUUCAAUUUGAGUGGACAAAACAACUUGGAAUUUGAACGUGAACUGGAACUAACCAUAUACGACUUGGAGAACAUCAUGCCUAGCCUGUCUGAAAAGCAAUAUCAAUAAGUAAUCGUAUUGAUAUACUCAUAAUUUCAUUGAUAAGGACGCAGCUUUUUCAUCGCAUUUUGCCCACAAUGGACAAGAAGUAUCUAACUUAUCAAAUGGAGUUGACGCUUCUGCUUGUUGCCCUCUUAUCUUGGGUCGCUGUAUUGGCGGACGAUAGCAAGCUGAUAUCCGACAGAUAUGCAGUAUACUGGAACAGUACCAAUCCCAGGUUUCUCCACGGGGAGUACACGGUGGAGGUGGCCAUCAACGACUACCUGGACAUCUACUGCCCGCAUUACGAAGACCCGCUCCCGCAGGAACGCAUGGAGCGCUACAUCCUCUUCAUGGUCAACUACGAUGGCUACACCACUUGCGACCACCGCAUGAAGGGCUUCAAGCGCUGGGAGUGCAACCGGCCCCAGAGCCCCAACGGACCGCUCAAAUUCUCGGAGAAGUUCCAGCUCUUCACUCCGUUCUCGCUGGGCUUCGAGUUCCGGCCAGGCCACGAGUACUAUUAUAUCUCAUCCCCACACCCGAACCUCGUUGGGAAGCCCUGCUUGAAGUUAAAAGUCUAUGUCAAGCCCACAAAUGACUCAGUGUACGAGUCUCCAGAGCCCUUCCUAACAGAUGACAGCACUGGUGGUGGUUGCAGCGUGGCCGUGCCCCGCCUGGCCCUCCUGCUGGCCAUGCUGCUGACUCUUUUCCUGGCCUCCUCAUAGCAGCAUGGGCCCUGGACGUCCCCCCCCCCCAUAAAAAAAAAAACCCGCCGCCCCCCUGCCUCCCUCCGUUCCUGCUUAACCCGCCCCCCCCACCCUGCGCCCAGUCUGCAGCCUCUUCCCUCUCUAGAAAGGGGACCCCCCAUACCCCCACUCCCAACCUGAGUCACCCCUGGACUGAUCACCCACAACUUCACAAGCAGGCACCAUCUGGACAGCUCCCCCUCCCUCUUGCUAGAACCCCUGCUUCAAGAUUGCCGACCCUUGACCUCUCGGCCCACGGUUCCUAUCCAGAGAGGGAGGAGUUAACAAGGACCAGAGGAGCCUCUGUAAAGACGUUAUAAAAACAGCCUUGAGCAGGAAGUGGGCAUUGUAAACAGAAUUUCCGUGUUCACUGACCCCCCCCCUGAUCCAUGCCGCUUAUGCCGUCGACAAUGCCUCGCGAGUCGUCUCAACUCCUCCAUCCACAGACUGUGUCUCUUCAGCGUCUUUGUGCUUUGAUUAUGCCGGAAUAUUCUCCAUCUGUACAUGCUCAUUCUGUUGCCCUAUGUACAAUAGUCAUAGUGUCUUUAUUUGUCAUGUCUAGUUACCUCCUCUCUUUCUCUCCCUCUCUCUCUCCUUCAACACCCCCCCCCUCCCUCUCUCUCUCGCUCUCUUUCCUUCUGUGAGUCUCUGCCCAGUUCAACAUCCUGAUAAUUUUUUUUGAGUAGCAAUCAAGAGUAGGACAGGACCUUUUUUCUGUAAAUCUGCCAAAGACACUUGUUUAACUUUUAUACUGGGGAGGGGGGAGGAGGGAGUGGGCCUGAGUCAUGACUCUUGAAGACUCUUGAAACAGGCCGUCCAGCUUAACCUUGACUGAGGCCAUAGUCGGCUUCUUUACAGAAAGGGCAGUUGUAGAUUUUUAAGAACAAAUUUUUCUUUUUUUGUCAUACAAAAAAAAGAAUGUUACAUACAAAACUAAACAAACCAAUCAAAAAUUGCCUUUUUUCCACUGGUGCUGAAUUCAAUUAUUGAGUCUUUGUGUCGAAAGCUGCAGUGCUGAGUCAAAGGGGGACAUCAUGUGGUGAAUUGUGUUUUUGUGAAAUUCAGGUCUUGCGUUCAAAUUCCCCCCUCCCCUCACACCCUUAUUUCUCUCCCUGUCUCCCUCUCAUUGGUAUGAAUGUGAGGUUCUCCUCGCGAGAGGGGGCUACUGUAGUUUGGGACCGCUGCGUCCUGUCGCCGCGGCGACGGUGCUGCCACCCUGACCCCGGCGGGUCAGUCCAGGAAAGGAGGGGCCGAGCAUUUUUUGAGGGGGAACGGACAUUGAGAAUUCCCAUCAUGCACUGUGCCAGAUCUAGGGACUCGGGCCUCCCCCACACACUCUGUAGUCAGAAGGAUCCUCAGAACCACUCCAGCAGGAGUUUGAGAACUCUGUAGCACUUCUACUUAUGAGAUGGACUCUUAAAGAAAACCGGGGACAUGUGACAUGCGUGAGAAACUCGACGUGAGCGUUCCUGCCUGCAGUCCAAGAUGUGACCUGAGUGUCACAGAGAGCUCGCUGGAAAGAUCAGAAAGAACACGAAUAAACCAUGAGACCUAACAUGAAUACAACUUUUAUAUUUUACUUUAUUCCAUGUUAUUUUUUACUUUCCUUUUCACAAAAAAAAGCAGAACAAAUUAUUCAUAUGUGAUAUGAAAUUAUAACGUAGACCCUUGAAUUACUAGAGAGAGGAUGGUACCAGUCUCUACUGUCAAACAAGUCUAGAGAAGUCAGCCGUUUGCUAUUGUUGUUGUUGUUUUCCUGCUUGUAUCACAAUGCAUUCUGGUACUUGUAGUCCUGUAUUUUUUUUUUUUUUUAAGGUGAAGAACAUGGUGUGAUUAUCCAAUCAUUUCCUUUUUAGUUGGUUUUAAUGUGGAUGAAAAUAUGUUUUGAUUUCAUACUGUAUGAAAUGUACCUGUUUUGGCAAAGACAAGCUAUGGAGGUUAAAUGGAAAAAAACUCAAAUAAAGCUUUUUGUCUAUAGUGGAAAUAGCUCUGGCUUAAAGUGUGAGAUGUCUGUGCUGUAGGCUGAACCACCAAGUGAAUACAUUAUCAUUAUCAAACUGUUAUAACUGCUGUUUCAAUCUACCACAAACUCUUGGCCAUUGUUUACAGUGUGUUUGAUUAAAGUGAGUUGCAGUCUAAUGUUGAUACAGUACGCCGUUUUGUAGUAAAAAAAAAACAAAAAAAAGUCAGCAUAUAUUCUUUGAGAAAAUCUCCUGCUUUUGAAUAUUUUCUUAAUGGAUGCUUGUUACAAACAUUGCAACAUUUGCCAGAGAGCCCGGCGGUUUUAAUCACUCUUAAUUGAAGGAUUCGACUUUCAAGAUUAAUGAUGGAAUUCCCACUUCGGACUUUUUCUGUGAUGCAUGACAAUUAAGUUUUUGCCCAGGAAAAAAAACUUUUACAAUCAAAGAAUUGACUCUUGUCAUGUACCAAAUUACCUCUGGUAAGUGUUCAGAGAGAAAAUAAUUUAAGAAAUGUUUAAGUGUUUGAUAAUUUCACAACAAAUAAAGCUUCCCCU